UCUCUCUCUCUCCCUCAAAUUCUCACCUCCCAAAUAUUUCGCGAUCAAAAUUCUAGAAAUUUCGGAACACCUGAGCUGAAACAGCUUUUGAGAGAUAUGCCUGCGUGGUGGCAAAGGAAGUCAACGAAGACCAAGACCGAGACGACGCCGGAGAAGUCGCCCAACCCUUACAGCAACCGCGGCCUCACGUCGCCGCUGCUCAAGGCCAAGAGGGACCGGAGCUUCGACGAGGCCACUCCACGUGGCUCGCCGAGGGCGGCGGGGAGCAGGGAUUUGGGGACGGUUAUUAUAAGCGGGCCGUCGUCCGGGUUCUCUGGUUUCGACUCCGACGGCGGCUCCAAAGGACACCCGCUGCCGCGGCCGUCGGUGUCGUCGCCGCACAGGGCGGGAAAUGAUCAGGUGGUUGGGUUGGGAUCUGCGUCGGGAUCGGUUUCGAGUGGGACCUCGUCGGUGUCGAGCUCCGACGAGCAGCCGGUUCAGCACGACCCGGGUCCAUUUGGGGCUUUCAGAGUUAAUGGUGAAGCCAAGUUCGGCGCGAGGCCGAGGAGUCCAGGUCCAGGAUCUAGGGGGCCAACUAGCCCAACAUCUCCUCUUCAUGCGCGUUUGGGAGGUAUGAGUUUGGAGUCUCCAAAUGGGAAGCCAGACGAUGGGAAGAGUGUAUGCCAUCCACUUCCUCGCCCUCCCGGCUCUCCUACUAGCCCUACUACUUCCUUGCCCAGCAGAACGGGUAGUGGAGUCAAUGAAAGUAUAGCCUGUGCCCUGUCAAAGUGGAAGAAGGGAAGGCUUCUUGGGAGGGGGACUUUUGGUCAUGUUUAUGUCGGAUUCAAUAGUGAAAGUGGGCAAAUGUGUGCAAUUAAAGAAGUCAGGCUUAUCACCGAUGAUCAGUCACUAAAAGAAUGUCUUAAGCAACUGAACCAGGAAAUAAAUUUGCUAAGUCAGCUCUCCCAUCCCAACAUUGUAAGAUAUCAUGGAAGUGAAAUGGGUGAAGAGGCACUUUCAGUUUAUCUGGAGUAUGUCUCCGGUGGCUCAAUUCAUAAAUUGCUUCAAGAAUAUGGUGCCUUUAAGGAACCUGUCAUUCAAAAUUAUACUAGACAGAUUUUAUCUGGUCUGGCCUACUUACACGGCAGAAAUACAGUUCAUAGGGACAUCAAAGGUGCAAACAUAUUAGUGGACCCUAAUGGUGAAAUCAAGUUGGCAGACUUCGGCAUGGCAAAACAUAUUACAAAUUGUGCUUCAAUGCUGUCAUUCAAAGGAAGCCCUUACUGGAUGGCCCCUGAGGUUGUAAUGAAUACAAAUGGCUAUAGUCUCGCAGUGGAUAUAUGGAGCUUGGGGUGUACUAUUCUUGAAAUGGCGACUUCAAAACCUCCAUGGAGCCAGUAUGAAGGGGUGGCUGCAAUAUUUAAGAUUGGAAACAGCAAAGACAUGCCGGAUAUUCCUGAUUAUCUUUCCCAUGAAGCAAAGAAUUUCGUGAGGCUGUGCUUGCAGCGUAAUCCAUCAGAGCGUCCUACUGCUUCUCAAUUGCUAGAUCACCCUUUCAUUAGAGAGCAAAUGACAACAAGGAGUUCAAAUAUCAAGCUAACCAAGGAUGCGUUUCCAUAUGCCUUUGAUGGAAGCAGGACCCCGCCAAUACUAGAGUUGCAUUCAAGCAGAACAAACAUCACCUUGGGUGAUGCAGAUCAUACAAUUAAACCUGCAGUAACAACCUCAACUAGGGCUAUACGGAGCCCCAGAGACAAUGCAAGAAUGAUUACAUCUUUGCCUGUGUCUCCUUGUUCAAGCCCUUUACGACAAUAUGGACCAGCGCACAAGAGCUGUUUUCUUUCUCCUCCUCACCCAACUUAUGCCAUGAUGGGACAGAGUAAUUACAAUGUGAAUGAGUACUCGUCAUACACAACAAGACCAAACAUAUCAUACACUCUCGAACCUUGGCGAGAAAAUUUUCUACUUAGACCCCAAACACCAGGUGGAUCACCAAGAACAAGACCCAUUUAAAUGUACAUACCAUGGAGACAAAGUUAAUCGACUGUCCCCAUAAUGCUUGAUGAACUGGAGUGAUGCUAAUUUUAGAAGGAAAUCUCUUUCAUGCUCCCCAUUUAGCGAUUUUGGUUGUAUAUGCUACAUUCCCUAGGAGCUACAAGAUUGUUAUGUAAGGGAAGAUGGGAGAGAUGCUGGAGUGGUCAUGGGGAUAUGCUGGAUUUGUUAAUCCAGCCACCAACAUAAAUAUCAUCCUCAUUGUUGUAAAAUGUAAAUGGAAGCUGGUCCAGUUUGUAACUUUUAUGUUCUAUAUUGAUGUUGGCGAAAGUUACUGUC